UCACCCCCCCCAACCCGGCGAGAGGCCAUGCCCCUCUGCAGCCCGGUUUUCUCCCACCUUCCCGCUCGCCCCCGCUCACCUCCGCGCCCGCGCCGCCGUCCCGUGGCCUCGCGCGUCCACUUGCCUCCGCCCCCGGCUCGCCCCGCUCGAUUUCUCCGGUUUUUUCGCCCCCCGCCACCCUCGCACGUCGUCCCCGCCCGCGCGCGGAUGGGGGGCGGCGGCGGGGCGGCGGCCCCCCUCUUCUCUCAGAUCCGCACGGCCCCGCUCCCGGCCAGCCCCACCCCCGCAGCGCUGUCGCCGCCCGCGCCCGCCUUCCCCGCUUGCGCAACCCACCGCCCGAUCCCUCCGCGUGGGCUCCCAGGCGGCGUGCGGCGCGGCGGCCGGGGCGCGCAUGGUCCCUCCCCUCCUGCCCCUUCGGCCCGCGCCUCCGCGCGCUCCUCGCCCCCUUCCUCGCCUCUCUCACCAAGUCUCUCUCCUUCCUGCCUCCGCCCGCCGACCUCCCCGAUGCCGUGUGCGCCCUCGCCCCCUACCUCCCCCGAGCUGUCGCCUGCGUCGCCACCUCCGCCGCGGGGCGCCUCGCGGAGCACAGCUUCGUCCUCGCCCUGCCUCCACCCGCGCGGCCGCGCCGGAUUCGCCUCCUCCCGCGCCCUCCGCCUCUGCACACCAUCCAUGGCCUCCCCUCCCCCCCACCCACCCCAUUGCGCGGCGGCGCUCCUCCUCCUCUCGAGGUCCGCCACCUCCUCGGCGCCGCUGAUGUAUUCAUCUCCGGUGAGUACGCCCCUGCCCCCCCUCGUUUCCUCUGAAGACUCGAUCCACGUGCUCUGUCCGUCCUUGCGGCUGUUGUCUUCAAUCGAUCCCCACAGGAGCUUGGGUGCUGUCGGAUUCGUGGUCUCUCGGUCAUAGAUGCUUCUUCUCUCGCAGGAGAUGAGCGUCUAUAACAUCAGGAUCAACCAAAGGCUACUGGACUGCACAUAUUGCGGCCAACCCCUCCGGCCUGACACUUUGGAUGGCAAAGCGUGGAAGGUGGGUGAGAUCUGAGAUGAGAUCCCCGGUCCGGCCGCAAAGUUUUUGUUUUCCUAGCUGCUCAACUUCAUUCCUUCUGGGCCUUGUAGUGCGCUGGCGUCCACAUCUUCUGUCGUGCCUGCGUCAGCCGCCACGAACAGGCAUGUAUAUCCUACUGCUCUUCGCUGGACCAAAUCAUCAGUAAGAUGAAGUUUAAAUGCAAUUGCUGCGACUCUGAAUACAUCCCCUACCACGAGAUUGAGGGACACAUGUGCGACAUCAACAUCCUUGUCCAUCACGAGUUUUUCGCCGUUCGUGACUAUGGAGAGUGCAUCAUCGACACAAGUGCCCUUGUGUGUUCUGAAUGCCGGCUUCCUCUCCGACCUCCCAUUUUCAGGGUGAGUUCAGCUCUGACUUGAUCUGAUCUGAUCUGACCAAAUUAAUUUGGAUGCAGUUUGGUUUGAUUUGGUUUUGGCUUCAUGCUAUCCUAACCUUGUUACAACAUCUCCUUAAAUACAUGCACGUUUGUAGCAUCUGCUACCAUCGUGGUGAUAUCGCCAACUACCGUCACUGCCACGAGCUCGACUACCUGGUCGAAGGUAUCUCGGUGGAAUGUGAGGCUUGCAAAGAAUACCUUCCAUUCUCUACCUUGGCUUCACACCAGCUGGACGAUUGCUCAUUCAGGCAGACAUUGCCAAAGAUUGCCCCAGGCAUGCCUCCCAUGUUUAACCUCAGGAUUAGCCUUUCCAUCAGGCCUCAGGCUCUAUCCUCUAUCAACACACGCAAGUAGAAGUUUUGUUGUGUAAUAUUGACAUUGGCAACACUUGGGAUCACACAAAGGUGAAUAACGUCCAUAACCCUAGCUGGAUGUGGACUUAAGUAGUGCCCAAGUUCCUUCCGUGGCCGCCCAUCCGGACCAGCCUGAUGUAGGUACACCUUGAGCAUGAAACUUGGAAGAUCAGGUUUAGCCUCAGCAUCACCAAGCCAAACAAAGUAUAGGCCUGUUUCUGCAAUGAAGAAAAUAAAGUAUUACUCUUGGCCCUCUAAAACAACGCCCGUUCCAUAACGGGCCAAGAGGAUAUAUUCUUUGUAAUCUUCAUAACUUGUAUUCUUAUUGAAAAACCCAUGAUGGUCUAUCAGAUGAGAGGCCAACGUAUUCCAGAAAAACGGCUUCUGUCUACACAUAGACAUCGGACACAUGAGUUCUCUGAGAUUGUAAGACCGGGCAUGUUUCAUGUAGUUAGCUGGAGUUAAAUUUGCACCACAGCGAUGAGGGCAAUCAAUCACACCGGCCAUGACUCUGCUGUCCAAACCAACUACUCGAACGCAGGGAUGAGAUGUGGCACUAGAGUGUGCUCUUGAGCAUGAAUUGCACAGUAGUUGGCCACAUGCUUCAUCCAAAGACCCUGCGGUCAAUGUGCACUAACGAAACAACAAAACAAAAGGAGAAUAAGAAUAAUGCUCUGAUGACAAAGUUCCAACCAUCGACAUCAGAAGAAUGAUUGGAACCUGGUAAGCUCCGUCAAGAAGACGGGGCUGUCGGCAACUGCUGCAAGAAAGGUUCAGGCGGAUAAACAUCUUCCGGAUCCGCCGGCGGAUCCAGGUGCACUCUCCCUCCGUCCGUUGCGCUGCGCGGAUCCGGAAGAUAUUUAUCCGCCUGGACAUUUCUUGCAGCGGUUGCCGACAACCCCGUCUUCUUGACGGAGCUUACCAGUGCACAUUGAUCGCAGGGUCUUUGGAUAAAGCAUGUGUCUAGCUACUAUGCAAUUCAUGCUCAAGAACGCACUCUAGUACCAUAUCUCAUCCCUGCUUCCGAGUAGUUGGCUUGGACAGCAGAGUCAUGGCCGGUGUGAUUGAUUGCCCUCAUCGCUGUGGUGCAAACUUAACUCCAGCUAACUACAUGAAACAUGCCCGGUCUUGCAAUCUUAGGGAACUCAUGUGUCCGAUGUCUAUGUGUAGACAGAAGCCAUUUUUCUGGAAUACGCUGGCCUCUCAUCUGAUAGACUAUCAUGGGUUUUUUUAAUGAGAAUACAACUUAUGAAGGUUACAAAGAAGAUAUCCCCUUGAUCUGUUAUGAAAUGUGCGUUGUUUUAGAGGGCCAAGAGGAAUACUUUAUUUUCUUUAUUGCAGAAACAUGCCUAUACUUUGUUUGGCUCGGUGAUGCUAAGACUAAACCUGAUCUUCCAAGUUUCAUGCUCAAGGUGUACCUACAUCAGGCUGGUUCGGAUGGGCGGCCACGAGAGAAACUUGGGCACUACUUAAGUCCACAUUCAGCUAGGGUUAUGGACGUUAUUCACCUUUGUGUGAUCCCAAGUGUCGCCAAUGUCAAUAUUACACAACAAAGCUUCUACUUGCGUGUGUUGAUAGAGGAUAGAGCCUGAGGCCUUGAUGGAUUAUUGAACUCUAGUUGGUUGUGAGGAACUGUGAAAGGGACGUGAUGAUGAUUUUGUGGUGCGUGUCCUAAUGGACUUUGAUGGAUUAUUGUGUUUGUGUACUUUGAACAACAAUGUUGUGUAAUUUGUUGAAACCUACUAUGUCUGUACGAUUAGUACCUUUGUGUAAAUUUCUUGCUAGUUAAUUACGAAGCUUGAGCUUUUGUUUGUAUAUGACUUGGAAACUGCUGCAGCAGUUUACCGAGAUAGAAUCAGUCCAGACCCUAUAUUCUUGACAGCAGAAUCUUCCUCAACUGGUGGAUUUUAUGCCAUCAAUAGAAGAGGGCAGGUUUUGCAUGCCACAGUUAAUGAUGCAACUGUUGUGCCUUUUGUCAGCGGUCAAUUAAACAACCUUGAGCUCGCGGUAAAUCUUGCCAAGAGGGCUAAUCUUCCUGGUGCUGAGAAUUUGUUCUCAGACAUUCAUGCUCCCUUUCCUUUACUGGAAGAUCCGUGACUUCGCACAUGCAUACCGCUCAGGGAUCACAACCCCAUCAGUUGUUGCUGAGCAUGUCAUUGCGGGGGUGGAAGAGUGGAACAACAAGAAGCCUCCAAUGCCAAUGUUAAUAUAUUUUAAUGCAGAUGAUCUCAGGAGGCAAGCUGAGGCUUCCACAAAAAGAUUUGAGCAAGGAAACCCGUUGUCCAUUUUGGAUGGGAUCUUUGUUGCCAUUAAGGAUGACAUCGACUGUUUCCCAUAUCCAACGAAGGGUGCUACAACAUUUUUUGACCAAAUCCACACUGUGGAGAAAGAUGCAGUCUGUGUCGCUCGGUUGUGGAAAUGUGGAGUCAUCUUUAUUGGGAAAGCAAACAUGCACGAGCUUGGUCUUGGAGUAACUGGAAACAAUCCAAAUUAUGGGACAGCAAGAAAUCCACAUUCUGUCGAUAGAUAUACUGGUGGUUCUUCAUCUGGUCCUGCUGCAUUAGUCUCAUCGGGGUUAUGCUCAGUAGCGAUUGGGACAGAUGGUGGAGGUUCAGUUAGAAUUCCAUCUGCGCUUUGUGGUAUUGUUGGUCUCAAGACAACAUACGGGCGGACCGAUAUGACCGGGGUACUUUGUGACUCUGGGACCGUUGAAGUUGCUUCUCCUCUUGCAGCGACAGUCGAGGAUGCUAUGCUAGUGUAUUCUGCAAUAGAAGGCUCAAGACCAAUGGAUAAUCUUACCCUUAGACCAUCACCGCUGUGUGUUCCAAAUUUGUUAUCGCCUGAGAACAGCAAUAUCCUGGGAUCAGUUAAAAUAGGACAAUAUACAGAGUGGUUUCAUGAUGUUUCUGAUCGUGAGAUAUCGAGUAUAUGUGAGGAUGCACUUAAACUUCUUUGUAGCACUUUUGGAUGUCAAAUAAAAGAGAUAAUAUUACCAGAGCUUGAAGAGAUGCGUACUGCCCAUGUUGUCUCAAUUGGCUCAGAAUCAUUCUGUGACCUGAAUCCUCAUUACAAAGCAGGAAGAAGAACUGAAUUUACGCUGGAUACUCGAACAAGUUUGGCACUUUUCGGGUCAUUCUCUUCAACUGAUUAUGUGGCUUCUCAAUGCAUAAGGAGGAGGAUAAUGCACUACCACAUGGAAGCUUUCAAGAAGGUUGAUGUCAUAGCAACUCCUACAACUGGCAUGACUGCACCAAAAAUACCACCAAGUGCUCUGAAGUCAGGAGAAUCUGAUUACGUUGUGUCAGGUAAAUCAUGAGCAGGAUAUUAUAUUUUGGGCAUCUCACUUAGCUCUUUGACAUGUGAAAAAAGAGUUUAUGACAAGUCUUCGUGUUUUCCACAAUCUGUGCUUUCAUACUGGAGUAGCCAUCCUACAUUAUUAGGAGGUUGUGUUACAUGUAUUAUGUAUAUUGGUAUUUUAGAUCGCAACGCUCAAAUAAAUGACAUCUAGGCAUUAUACACUGCA